AUGGCCAUAGAUAAUUUAGACUUUGAAGAAGUUUUCGUACUGAACCAUGGCAUAUUGAACCCAGGCAGAUUGAAAUUAUCUGCGAAAGACAUUCUCUUCAAGGCUUCCAAGACUGGCAAAGUCGAUAAGAUUAUGGCCGGUCAAUUGAUGAAUGCCAGUUGGUUUCGUGCCGCACGUGGUUACGAAUUACGCUUGGCCUUAGCGUCAGGAGUCAUUUACAAAUUUGAAGGCUUCAAGGAAGCGGAUUACGAUAAGCUUGCUGACUUAUUCUCAGGCAAUUAUAAUAUACAAUUGGAAGAAAAGGAACUUUCUGUAAAAGGUUUCAAUUGGGGCAAUCAUAGCUUUGAAGGCUCUUCACUGUCUUUAAACUCUGAUUCCAGUAUGACGUACGAAAUUCCUCUGAAUGAAGUCUGCAGGUCGACUGUCGGUAAAAAUGAAGUCACUUUAGAAUUUCAUCAACACGAUGAUGCACAGGUAUCUCUAAUGGAAAUGAGAUUCCAUUUGCCUGCUACCAAUAAUGAGGAUGAAGACUAUGUCCAGACGUUUAACGAAAAGGUCUUAGCCAAAGCAACUAUUAUACAAGCAACUGGUGAUGCCAUAGCAGAAUUUACGGAAGUAUCUUGUUUAACGCCUAGGGGCAGAUAUAACAUCAAAUUGUUCCCUACUUUUAUACAACUUCAUGGCAAAACGUACGAUUAUAAAAUAGCGCUAACAUCCAUUCUCAGAAUGUUUUUACUUCCUCAUCCCGACGAACGCCACUUUUUUUUCGUGUUUACCCUUGACCCACCGCUAAAGCAAGGCCAAACUAGAUAUCCAUUUUUUAUAAUACAAUUUAUUAAAGAAGAGGAAAUAUCCUUUGAUCUCAAUCUUUCACAGGAAGAGCUAAAUCAAAAAUACGCAAACAAAGUCAAUAAAACAAUGGAAGGGCCAAUUUAUGAGAUUUUUAGUCGACUCUUGAAAGCUCUAACUGACAGAAAAAUUACUUUACCUGGCGCUUUCAUCGGGAGCACAAAAUCAUCUUCAGUUUCCUGUUCCCAUAAAAAUUCCUCAGGUUUUUUGUAUCCAUUGUCCCGUGGAUUUAUAUACGUACACAAGCCUCCAGUGCAUAUUCGACCUGAUGAAAUUGUCUGUGUAAAUUUUGCACGCGUUUCUGGAGGUGGAACGAUUAAGACCUUUGAUUUUGAAGUUAUAACAAAGAACAGUGUUAUUUACACAUUCAGUAAUAUUGAUAAGAGCGACUAUACGCCGCUUUAUGAUUAUACGAAGAAGAAUAACUUACCAAUUAAGAAUAAAGGACUGAAGAGACAAUCACACAAAGAUGAACUAUUAGAUUCUGAAGAUGAAGAUGAUCAAGAUCAUUACCUAGCUCGAGUAAAAGCUGAAGGGGAAGAAAAGACUACUAUGGCGGAAGAAGGAGAAGAAUCAGAUUCCACAGAUGAUGAGGACGAGGAUUUUAAUCCAGACGAAAGUAGUGACAAUAGUAUAGCGGAGGAGUAUGAUACAGAUGCUAUUAACUCAUCGGAUAGCGACUAUGAGGAAAAUCAAGGGAAAAGAAAGAAAGCCAUUCCAGUCCCAAGAGAAUUUAGGGCCGGCAAAAAAGCGAAGAAGAAAAAUGAAGUAAAACCAGCGAAAAAAGUCAAAAAUGCUAGGGAUCCAAACUUACCAAAAAGACCACUUUCCGGUUAUAUGCUUUGGCUCCAAAAGCAGAGAGAUAGAAUUAAGAACGAAAACCCUUCGUUUACUGUUGCAGAGGUUGCCAAAAAAGCAGGAGAGAUAUGGAAAUCACUAAAGGAAGAAGAGAAGAAGAAAUGGAAUAACGAAUCAGCUAAACUCAAGGAACAGUAUAACAAAGACAUGGCAGAGUACAAUGAACAAAAUCAAACUAAGGCUACUACUUCCAAAAGUAAAAAGGCAACGCCUAAGAAAUCUUCGAAAUCACCAAUGAAGUAUAAAAGUGCAGAAUACGUUGACACUGAUACCUCAAGCGAGAGCUCUUCGGAAGAAGAAUCUGAACAAGAAAGCAAGAUAAAAAGCGCAGAAUUUGUAGACACGUCUGAAGAUACCAGCGAUAGCUCGGAUGAAUAAUGUGAUUAUGUUCUUUUAAACCGAUAAACAUUUCAGCUUUUGCAAUAUUAUGAUCCUCGCUUAUUACUUUUGUACAGAUCUGAAUUGUACAUU